AGAUGAUUUCAAUAACUUGAAAUCAUAUUACAAAAAUAAAUUUUCGCAUAAAGUUUUUAAUGAUAAUAGCCAUAAAUGACAGCUAUAAUCAUGCAAUAAUUAAGUGCACAGGAAGUUAAAGCUAGAUGUGACGCAAUAAUGAUGGAGUUCUUAAGUUUUCGAGCAAAUUCGACAAUAAGUAGCGAUCUGUAUGAUAUUUUCAAGUCGGAAGAUGUUGAGAUGGAUGAAAAUGGUUGCGAAUUCGAUACAAUUAAUCCAGAUGAUUUUCUAAAUGAGAGUUUUUUGAAUGAAUUAAAGACGGAAACAGAAGAUGCAAGAAAAUCAAUAUCAUCAGAAAGCAGUUGUAGCUUUGAAAACAUCUCAAAUCCACAAUUGACGCCUCCAAUAAGUCCACAACCAAUUAUAAUUGAUACUAAUGUAUAUCAAAAGAUUCAAAUAAUACCAAUACAAUCACUGCAGCAUAAUCAAUAUAGUAUUCAGCCUAUAGCACGUCAAGAAGCCCGCAAAAUAAAGCCUAUCAUCCCAAAACCGUCGAAUGCAUCAUCUUCAGACUCGGAAACGAAUCAAAAUUCCUUGAUAAGCAGCAAGACAAACUCUCCAAUUGACAAAGCGCUGAUAAAGCAGGCACGAUUAAUCAGAAACCGUGAAAGUGCUUUAAUAUCAAGGAAAAAGAAGAAAGAUUAUUUACAAAAUCUCGAAAUUGAGGUAAAUAGCUUGCGCAAAGAGAAUGACAUGUUAAAAGAAGAAAAUUCAUUGCUAAAAGCUAGAUUAAAGGGCUAUAGCAAUUUUACAUGCCGUUGUGCAAGCACAAUCACGAGAAAAUUACCAAAUAGAAAUGCAAGUCUAAUGCUAGCACUAAUCUUUAUGAUUGGAUUCAAUGUUAUUCCACUUUUUGGCAAUAUAUUCUUAUCAACAAAUAGUAUUAAGAAGCCGGCGGCACAACCGAGCAGUGUUUUCAGUGCAAGGCAUUUACUAUAUGCUAAUUUUACGACAACUGCAAAUUCUAGUGAUAAAGUCGAUGUAGAAGACAAAAUUCCAUUAUAUUUUAAUCAAACUAAUCUUAUUCGUAAGGCAAACAUUGAGAAUAUACGAUCGUGGAUUCCACAGCCUGAUUUAUAUAACGGAACUGUCAACAAUGAUCAAUUUUUGGCUGAUCCGUUCCAGGAUAAAUUAGCAAAAAUGCAUGAAAAGUCACAUGACCAAAUGCUUAAACAUUCAAGGAUCAAGAAGAAGCCGACAAUUAAGAAGAAAGUGUCACAAGAAAGAAAUCGGAAUCUGGACAAUAUCCAAUUUUAUGACACAAGUUUCUUCAAGCUACACGAAUUUUUUGAAGAAAUUAACAGAAAAGAAGAUACAUUCUACUUAUUUUCAUUUAAAUCAGAUCAUUUGCUACUUCCGGCAAUUGAUUAUCCUCAAAAUUUCAGUCAGAUCAUUAAAAUGAACUUAAUCAUGCCUCGAAGCAAUAAUGAGUCAUUAAGUUCUGAUAAGAUCACAAUGAUGCAAAUUGAAACAAUAAUUCUAAACACGUCAUUGAUACAAAUUACUGAAAAAUCGAUUCCCGGGGAAUUUAAAGCGCCGUACUCAAAUUCAACACAAACUCCAUUGUGCAAUAAUGAAAGUCAAUCACGUGGAAAUUUGGAUAGCUUUGAAGAAUCCAAAAGGCAACCAUUUAAAAGGGCUAAAUUUGCACCGUAUUUUGGACCUUCCUUUGAUCUCUCACCAACUGCAUCCAUUAAGCCUAGAAAGUGAAAUCUAACGUGCUACUAAUCUAUAGAUAUUAAGCUAUUCUUUACACUAAUUUAUACACACUUUUACUGCAUAUUUACAGAUAACAAUAAUAAAUAAGUCUUAGCAUUAGCUUUAUUGAAGAUGAUAUCAAGAUGUUCAAUGUUGUCAAAUUACUGUUAAAGCAAAGAAACGUCAAGUUUCAGGACGCAUCAGGAUGUGAAUUGUUGUAAGAAUCCAUUCAAAAAUAACGGUUUUAUGAAAUUUAAAUUUAACGGAUUUGGAAAAAUUAAAAUUUUAAAACCAUACAAAUGUUUU